AUCUAAACGCGAAUCUACUCAGGAACACUAAUUUAAUGUUAUUAUUUAAUGUUUUUUUUUUUUUUUAUUAUAGGUCAUUCAUGUUAGCCAGUCGUUUAGUAAAUUAUUAUACCACCUUGUCUUAUUCAGUGAAUGCCACCAAAAUUUAGGAGCCCACAAGCUCAAUUUGAAGUAACAUUACUAUUAUUACUACUUAAUAUAAGAGUGAAUGAAAAAAUAAAUUAUGGUUACAUUUGUAAUUUCACUUCUUAUUUCCUUCAAUGGAUGUGUUGCAGCUGGUGCCCUUUGCUGAUGAUUCACCAAAAAUAAUGUCGGUCUCAACCUUCUUAAACCCUCCAUGGAUUUCCAUUUGUUUCCUACCAGCAUCUUCCACAGUUUCAAGCCAGGUGAAGCAUUCAUUUGAUGGUUAUGUCAAGUUUAAUCAGCGACCCCAUUUGGUUCAGGGAAAAAUCAUGAAUAAUCCUAGGACUAUAAUCGUUUCUCGCUGUUGGAUGCACAAAAAAAAAGGCGUUCCAGAUAAAGAGUCAGCAUUGUACAUGCAUGAAGCAAGAUUCAUAAAGCAAAUUGUGGAAGAUAUAAUGGCUAAAUUGGGUGGUCAGAGACAUGCAAGCAAUGCUAAAAAUCUUGUUGGAAUGGAGUCACAAAUGCAGAAAGUGUAUAAAAUGCUUGGCGUUGGGUCUGGUGGAGUUCGCUUCGUUGGAAUAUGGGGAAUGAGCGGAGUGGGAAAGACAACUCUAGCGAGACUUAUCUAUGAUAAUAAUUCAGGUCAAUUUGAGGGUGCAUGUUUUCUUCAUGAGGUUAGAGACCGUUCAGCAAAACAAGGCCUAGAGCGAUUGCAAGAGAUACUUCUUUCUGAGAUCCUUGUCAUAAAAGACCUAAGGAUCAACAAUUUAUUUGACGGAGUUAAAAUGCAAAAACAUAGGCUGCGGUACAAAAAGGUUCUUCUCGUUCUUGAUGAUGUUAAUCACAUAGAUCAUUUAGAUGUUUUAGCUGGAAAGCGUGAAUGGUUUGGUCCCGGAAGUAGAAUCAUCAUAACAACUAAAGACAAACACUUGCUUGUUAAGCAUGAUGUAGAAAAGAUGUACAAAAUGAGAACAUUACAUGAAGAUGAAAGUUUACAACUCUUUAAACAGUAUGCUUUCAAGCAGAACCAUCCUACCAAGAAAUUUGAGGAUCUAUCAGCUCAAGUGAUAAAGUAUGCUGCUGGACUCCCCUUGGCUCUGAAAGUCCUAGGCAGUUUCUUGUAUGGAAGAGAUUUGGCAGAAUGGACAAGUGAAGUGGAACGAUUGAAACAAAUCCCGGAAGAUGAAAUUUUGAGGAAACUCGAACCAAGUUUCACUGGACUCAACAGUAACGAGCAAAAGAUAUUCUUAGACAUUGCGUGCUUCUUUACGGGGAAAAAGAAAGAUUCAGUGACUAGAAUACUUAAGAGUUUUAAUUUUAUCCCAGUUAUUGGUGUGAAAGUUCUCAUGGAGAAAUCUUUAAUUACUAUUUCAGAAGGUAGGAUUUUUAUGCACCAAUUGAUACAAGAAAUGGGCUGGCACAUUGUUCGUCGAGAAGCUUUUGAUUACCCAAGAGAGUAUAGCAGGCUAUGGAUGUCCGAAGAUAUUUCUCAUGUACUUGCAAGAAAUAUGGGCACAGAAAAGGUUGAAGGCAUAUCUCUGAACUCCACUAAGACGUACACAGAUAUUUCUCAAGCACUUGAAAGAAUUUUGGGCACAGAUAAGAUCGAAGGGACGUCAUUGAACUUCACUAACACCAAAGAAGUGAAUGUUAGUGUCACGGCCUUCAUGCAGAUGACCAGACUGAGGUUUCUCAAAAUCAAGAAUGCAUAUGUUUCUCAGGGUCCUGUUAUUCUUCCUAGUGAGUUGAACUGGCUUUCUUGGCACGGAUAUGCUUCAAAAAGUCUGCCAAUUGACUUUCAGGGAGAACGACUCGUUAGUUUGAAGUUGAAAAAUAGUCGCAUCAUACAGCUUUGGAAAGGCUCCAAGAUUAUGGGAAAAUUGAAGUACAUUAACCUUAGCCAUUCACAUAAGCUAAUAAGGACUCCAGAUUUUUCGGGUACCCCUAAUCUUGAAAGGUUGAUUCUUGAAGAGUGCACAAGUUUGGUAGAAAUCAAUUUUUCUGUUGGAGAUCUGAAAAAGCUAUUGUUGCUCAAUUUGAAGAAUUGCAUCAAUUUAAAGACCCUACCAAAGAGUAUUGGAUUGGAAAAUCUUGAGGUUCUUAUUCUAUCAGGCUGCUCAAAGCUAAAAAUAUUCCCAGAAAUAGAAGAGGAAAUGAAUUGUUUAUCGGAACUAUAUUUGGAAGCGACUGCGUUGAGUGAAGUACCCACAUCAGUUGAGAAACUAUCAGGAGUUAAUGUGAUAAAUCUAAGCUCAUGCAAGCAUCUUGAGAGUCUUCCAAAUAGUAUUGUUAGGUUGAAAUGUCUUAAAAUACUUAACGUGUCCAAGUGCUCAAAACUCAAAAAUUUACCAGAUGAUUUGGGGUUUUUAGUAGGUUUGGAGGGGCUCCAUUGUGAUGACACACCCAUCGACAUGAUGCCGUCCACCAUUUCCCAUCUAAAGAACCUUAAGCACUUAACUCUACGUCGAUGUAAUGCUUUGGCAUUUCAGAACGAUAUGGGUCUAGCUUUCUCUAAUUUAUCGGGUCUUUGUUCAUUGACAAUGCUGGAUAUAGGUGGCUGCAGCAUUUCAGACGGAGGCAUCCUAUGUAAUCUUGGAUUCUUACCAUCUUUGAUGGAAUUGAAUCUUGGUGGUAACACUUUUACCAAUAUCUCAGCUGCAAGCAUCAGUGGACUCACUCGACUAAAGGUCCUUCAAUUGGUUGGUUGUAGUAGGCUUGAGCACUUCCCAGAGCUUCCUCGAGCUAUAGAAGAGGUGCAUGCGGAUGAAUGUACAUCUUUGAAGAGUAUCAAUCAAUUAGCAAAAUAUCCAACAUUGCGCCGACUUUCACUUAGCGAAUGUCAUCAAAUUCAUGAUGCUUCCUUGGUUGAUGCUCUAUGGAGUAACAUGCUCAAGGGAUUAAACGUGCUAAGUAAUGAUAUCAGUAUUUGUAUCCCUGGAUGGGAGAUUCCCAAGUGGUUUACAAAUAAGAAGUUGGGGCACGAUGUUACUCUGACCCUUCCCAAUAAUUGGUACACAGACAACUUCUGGGGAUUUGCUUUUUGUAUUGUUUUUGAAGGUAUGGCAUGUUCCAUUCUAUACGAUGAUUACCUACAACCAUCACAGGGAUUUUCGGUUAUGCUUAAAUUCAAAACAUGUGAUGGUAAGGAAGGCAGUACACGUAGCGCUGUUGGCGUAAAAGGGGGUGAUCCUACUUUUGGGAACUCAGACCACACUCUCCUUGCCUGUGUACCAUCUCGUCGUUUUCUGACAGCUUUAAAUCACUAACAAGAUCCCAAGACCUGAACUCAAGAGUACAUCAUCCAUAACCCAACUCUAAAUUUGAAAUUAACCAGAUUGUAUUAAUUCCUUGACAUGAUACUAUAAGUCUUCAGUCUUUUCUUUUGUAAGUUAGCCCCUAAAGUAAGAUUUUAUGACAAGGAAGCUUUUAAGCAUUGUUUACUCCAAAAAUUGAAUUAUUCAUAGGGCACAAAAUCUUACUCCAAAAAGAUA